UUUUUGUCGACGCCAUCUUGUAAGUUAUCGUAUAUUAUUGAAAAUUCGUGGAAUUUUCUCGUGUGUUUAAUUUCAGUGUUUUAUGUGUGCAUUAUAAAAUGUCCAAACGGAGGAUUGAAGUAAUGGACCCUUUUAUAAAGAAAAAACGAGAGGAGAAGGCUGCAGCUGCAGCCAAGUCGGGUAGUAGUGGGGAAUCAUCAUCGGACGGUUCGGUGGCCACACUCGGAACUGCGAUGGCGCCCACAGCUACGAGCACACCUGGUGUUAACCCAUAUACAGGUCUGCCGCACUCGCCGCGGUACCACGAGCUGCUGCGGCGGCGGCUCGGCCUGCCCGUGUGGGAGUACAAGAACGACUUCAUGCGGCAGCUGAGCACGCACCAGUGCGUCGUGCUCGUCGGCGAGACCGGCUCGGGCAAGACCACGCAGAUACCGCAGUGGUGCGUCGAGUUCGCCUCCGCCCCGCCCGGCAGGUCCAAGGGCGUGGCCUGCACGCAGCCGCGCCGGGUGGCCGCCAUGUCCGUAGCCCAGCGCGUGGCCGAGGAGAUGGACGUGGCGCUGGGACAGCAGGUCGGCUACAGCAUCCGUUUCGAGGACUGCUCCGGCCCGCAGACCGUGCUGAAGUACAUGACGGACGGUAUGUUGCUGAGAGAGGCCAUGUCGGACCCGAUGCUGGAACAAUGCCGCCCGCCUUACCGUUGCAGAUCGAACUUAGGAUCUGUAGUUUUGCAGUUGAAAAAGCUGGGCAUCGACGACCUCGUGCACUUCGACUUCAUGGACCCGCCCGCGCCCGAGACCCUCAUGCGCGCGCUCGAGCUGCUCAACUACCUCGCCGCGCUCGACGACGACGGCAACCUGACGGACCUGGGCGCCGUGAUGGCGGAGUUCCCGCUCGACCCGCAGCUCGCCAAGAUGCUCAUCGCCUCCUGCAACCACAACUGCUCCAACGAGAUCCUCUCCAUCACCGCCAUGCUGUCCGUGCCGCAGUGCUUCGUGCGGCCGAACGAGGCGCGCAAGGCGGCGGACGAGGCGAAGAUGCGCUUCGCGCACAUCGACGGCGACCACCUCACGCUGCUCAACGUGUACCACGCCUUCAAGCAGAACAUGGAGGAUCCGCACUGGUGCUAUGACAACUUCAUCAACUACAGGUCACUCAAGUCGGGAGACAACGUGCGCCAGCAGCUCAGCCGGAUCAUGGACAGAUUCAGUCUAAAGAGGACGAGUACGGAGUUUACGAGUAAAGACUAUUACAUUAACAUACGGAAAGCGCUCGUGAAUGGAUUCUUUAUGCAGGUGGCGCACCUGGAGCGCAGCGGCCACUACCUGACGGUGAAGGACAACCAGAGUGUCUGCAAGCAUUGGUCAGUCCGACGGGCGUUCUUUGUUGGCGUCAAGUCGAGUGUUUCCUAUCUCUCCACUAACACGAUGCGUGACGUUCCGCCGGCAGCGGAAUGGCUGCUCCGCAUCGCGCCGCAGUACUACGAGCUGAAUAACUUCCCCGUGUGCGAGGCGCGCCGCCAGCUCGAGCUGCUGCAGGCGCGGCUCGACUCCAAGCCCUACCAGGAGGGCUUCUAGGGGCUCCACCGCCUGGGGCCCCGGGGGCCCCGCCGCACGCGCGCUCGGGGCUCUCGGAGCGACGCGCGGCGGCCGGUCGGAGGUGCGGGCGACGCGGGGCCACGCGGCGGCGUCUUCGGGCCUGUGUGACUUGCAGACAGUCGCACACGACCUGAAAGCGUGUGAUGCCACAUGGUAUACGGCAGAAACAGCGCCCGUGGCGCCCGACCAGCACUGCUCUUAGGGCCCCAAACUGAUGAGCUCUAGGGCCCGGGCCCCAACCCGAACUGUUAUUGUGCUGAGUGUUAUGACUGCCACUUUGUAUUGUGCUGGGUCGAGAACUGUGCUAAUUGGAACUGAAGUUUAUUGAGUAUGGUUGCGUUAUGAGUUUGUGGGGCCUCGGUUAUUGUGUCGUGUCAGAUUGUAUGUAGUUUAAAUUUUAUUUCAAUUACUUGCUGUACCAUUGUUAAUUGUAAACGUACAAAUUUAAAUGUAUCAUGUAUAAAUAAUGUCAUUCCUUCAAAAAACCUGUGUUUAAAUAACAUAGUCAGUUUUAAGCAGAAACUUUUAAUGUAAAUGUCUUAUUAAAACAAAACCUAAAGCGGGCCCCAAAGUUGUGCUCGUUAUUGAGACCCCAAAUUGAUUGGACGCUUGAGGCCCCAGUAUUUUUCGAUACCCUACCGAGGGUAAUUAGGCCCAAAAUAAGGUUAGGCUCCAGCUAGUUUAAAGGGGCCCCAAAGGGGGGCCAAAUGUUGAAUAUUUGAUAAUGAGUGAAGUGAACGAACAGACAGUGACUUGUGCGUCAGUGGAAACUGUACGAGAUGGAAAUAAUGUUACACGGAUUGUGCGUAAUUAUACUUUAAUAUUGAUA